UCUCGCUUUGCUUUUCCUCACCUUCUACUUCUCCAGCUUCUUCUUCCCCCUCCAAAGUCCGAACUUUCCCCCCUUUCUCUCGACCUUUCUCUCUGUCGCUAAUGGCGAAACCCGAGGAGGAGGAGCACGAGAGAGAAGACGACGCGAAGAAGAAGGAGACGAAGGGCCAUAUAAAGAUCCCUUCCUACCAAGAGGUCUUCGGCGGAGGCGGAGGCGGAGGCGGAGGCCACUCCUCUUCUUCUUCCUCCUCAAAACCCUACAAUCCCCCUCCUCCCCCUUCCUUCUCCCAAGCUUUCUCCUUCCUCAAAUCCUCCGAGUUCUACACCCCUCCUCCUCAACCUGAACCUCAACCUCAACCUCCGCCGGAAGAUACUCAGAGGGUUUCCGCCACCGAUUCCCGCUCGUCCGUGCUACCGCCACCUCCGGCUUCUUCAUCUUCUUCAAAUUUCGCGAGCUCCUCCGGCCAGAAUCGCAAUGCGAUCCUUGUUAGUCAUAGGCAGAAAGGGAACCCUUUGCUCAAGCAUAUUAGGAAUGUGAGGUGGAUGUUUGCAGAUAUUGUUUGUGAUUACUUGCUUGGGCAAGGUUCUUGCGCUUUGUAUAUAAGUCUUCGGUACCAUCUUCUUCAUCCGGACUACUUGUAUUAUCGAAUAAGAGAGUUGCAAAAGGAUUUUAAGCUUCGUGUAGUGCUAUGCCACGUUGAUGUGGAAGAUGUAAUAAAACCAUUACAUGAAGUAACAAGGACAGCACUGCUUCAUGACUGCACUCUUCUUUGUGGUUGGAGCUUUGAGGAGUGUGCUCGGUACUUGGAGACAAUAAAAGUUUAUGAAAACAAGCCAGCAGACAGUAUUCGGGAACAAAUGGAUACUGACUAUUUAUCACGGUUGACACAUGCUCUUACGUCUAUCCGGCACGUUAACAAAACAGAUGUAGUGACGCUUGGUUCAUCUUUUGGGUCACUUUCACGUAUUAUGGAUGCUUCUAUGGAGGAAUUAGCUCGUUGCCCUGGAAUAGGCGAAAGAAAGGUAAAACGUCUUUAUGAUACCUUUCACGAGCCAUUCAGACGAGUUUCCAGUCGUCCCAGCAUCGCCGUGCCCGAGACUCCUGCCGAAGGACAAGCUCUCGAAGAACCUUCAUCCAUACUUGGUGGUGUACAAGUUGUGAAGGAGAUGCCUAAAGCAUCAGAAAAAGGCAAGGAAAAGGAGUCUGGCCUAAGCGUGACGUCAGCUCUUUCUGCUGCAUUUGAUAAGUACGCAGAGAAGAUCCGAACCCGUAAAAGGAAUCCGGUUGAGAAUGCCGAGGGAAGUAGCGGCACCGCCUCAAUAGAUGAUAGAACAUCGUUCAAAACAGGCAAAUAGGUUAGUAGAAAACACUAGGGCGAAGAGGCUACAGUAUCUUUUUCUCAUGUUCCCUCUACAGUUGAAUUUCUUAUUUCCAGUGAUCAAUCUUCUUAGGUAGAAGAUGGUAAAGAAGUUGGGUGGCCUUCGUUUUCCCUUUUCUUUGUGUUAAUUUUACACACUGAUGUAACUGUAUGUUCAUAUUAUAUCACCUAUUGUUUAGAAUCCAUCAGCAUAUUUAUUAAUUUAUUCUAAACUGGGCUUGUAUGCAAA